AUGGUCACAGACUACUGGGAAAACACUGAACCAUUGUACCACUCCACUUCUGCAAUGUUCCAGUUUUCAAAGAAGUUAAAAGGCCUAAACCCAAAAAUAAAGCAACUGAGUAGAGAGAAGUUUGGUAAUUUCGCAAAGAAAACACGAGAAGCUUUUGAGCAUUUAUGCGCCUGUCAGCUGGUGACUUUGAUGAAUCCUACGGAUGAGGCAAUGCAGAGUGAGUCUAUUGCUUAUAACAGAUGGUUGUUUGUCGCUGGGUUGGAUGAGCGAUACUUGAAACAAAAGUCCAAGUUGCAUUGGUUGAAAGUAGGAGAUGGCAACAAUAAAGUUUUUCAUAGGGCUGCAAAGGCAAGGGAAGUUCGCAAUACGAUCAAAGAAAUAAAAUGUCCAGAUGGGACAAUAGCUGACACGCAAGAGAAGAUUAAGCAUGAGGCAGAGAGGUUUUUUCGGGAGUUUAUGGGGCUUAAAGUCCCAAAUUAUCACGGAAUUGCAGAGGAGGAGUUAUCAGAGUUGUUACGCUACCGUUGUUCUUAUCAUGAUAGAGCAACACUGUUUGGAUUCUUACCAAAAGGGAUCAAUGCUACUAUUCUUGCGCUUAUACCAAAGAAAAAAGGAGUUAUAGAGAUGAAGGAUUACAGACCGAUCUCAUGUUGUAAUGUAACAUACAAAGUAAUCUCAAAAAUAAUCGCCAAUCGACUUAAAAUACUUCUUCCACAGUUUGUUGCUCCCAAUCAAUCCGCAUUUGUAAAGGAUAGGCUUCUUAUGAAAAAUGUUCUCUUAGCAUCGGAGAUUGUACCAGAUUAUCAUAAGGAUACGGUCUCUCCAAGGAGUGCAAUUAAGAUCGAUAUUUCAAAGGCAUUCGAUUCUGUUCAAUGGCCUUUCCUGCUGAGUAUCCUUACAACUCUGAACUUUCCACCUCAGUUUAUUAAGUGGAUAGAGCUCUGCAUCACUACUGCCUCCUUUUCGGUUCAGGUAAAUGGUGAAUUGUCUGGUCUUUUCAAGAGUGAAAGAGGGCUUAGACAGGGUUACUCCGUAUCACCCUAUCUCUUCGUUAUAUGUAUGCAAGUAUUGUCUGCAGUACUAGAUAAAGCAGCACAAGAGAGGCGGAUCGGCUAUCACCCUAAAUGCAAGAACAUACAGCUUACACAUCUAUGUUUUGCAGACGAUUUGUUGGUUUUCAUGGAUGGUAUGAAAUCUUCACUUGAGGGUAUUCUUCAGGUUUUCAGAGACUUUGCUGGAUAUUCGGGUUUGAACAUCAGCUUGGAAAAAUCUACGCUUUAUAUGGCGGGGAUUAAAGACGUGGAUCAGGAAUUGAUCUUACACCUAUUUCCGUUUGCAUCAAGCACUCUCCCUGUAUGCUACCUGGGACUACCCCUACUAACCAAGCGUAUGACAACGGCUGACUACAGUCAACUACUAGAACAAAUUAGAGAACGGAUUGGGAGCUGGACUGGCAGAUACUUGUCUUUUGCAGGCUGCCUCCAACUGAUAAGCUCAGUUAUUCAUAGCUUAACUAGCUUCUGGAUGUCUGCUUUCCGCUUGCCAAACGCUUGUAUCAAAGAGAUAGACAGCUUAUGCUCUGCAUUUAUGUGGGCAGGUCCUUCUUUGCAUACCAAAAAGGCGAAAGUUUCAUGGCAUGAUGUGUGUACCACUAAAGCUGAAGGAGGUUUAGGGUUACGUUCACUACAUGAUGUGAACAAGGAUCCUUUUGGUCCCUCAAAGAUUUCAACAGAUUCAGGCUUCUGGAUGUGGCGGAAAUUACUUAAAUAUCGAUCAACUGCUUCAGCUUUUGUUCGGUAUGAGAUACAAAAUGGGCAGAGUGUGUUCUUCUGGCAUGAUAAUUGGUCACAGUUUGGUUGUUUGAAGGAUAUAUCAGGCUUGCGAGGGUGCAUUGACAUGGGGAUUAGUUUAAAUGCCACUGUAGCCGAAGCUCUCUCUCACCGGAGACGACGGCAUAGAGUGGAUCAUUUAAACCAAUUAGAGACCAGCCUAGAGCAUAUUCGAACAAAAGGACUGGUGGAGGCAGAGGAUGUGGUUCUCUGGAAAGGAAAAGGGGAUUGUUUCAAGCAAAAAUUCAGCACAAAAGGAACAUGGGAGCAUCUUAGGAGGACAAGACAGAGAAAGACGUGGGCUGAUGGGAUCUGGUUCUCUCAAGCUGCGCCAAAGUUCUCUUUCAUAGCUUGGCUAGCUACACUCAAUCGUCUCUCCACUGGUGAUCGAAUGGUUCGCUGGAAUCAGCAAAGUCUUGUAUCUUGCCCUUUAUGCAGUGUGCCGCAAGAAACGCGUAAUCAUCUAUUCUUCACUUGCUCGGUUUCAGCUGAAGUGUGGACGGGUCUCACCUCAAAGCUUCUCACUACUAAGUUCACUACAGAUUGGGACACUACUCAGAAGCUUCUCACCGACAAAUCUCUGGGAAACUCUGUUCUGUUCCUGUUGUGCUACACUUUUCAAGCUACACUGCAUUCUCUUUGGCAAGAACGCAACAACCGUCGACAUGGAGAAGCGGCUGUACCACCAGCUCUCCUCAUUAAAAGACUUGAUAGGCAAAUUUGA